UGGAGUCAAACCGUUGGCCAACAGUUGGAUGACUUGCGCCGGGCGUUCGCUGACAACGGGUUUGUCAUUGAUUUGAUUGAAGUCCAUCCCGACAGCGACCGUAUGCCUCGUCAGCAUAUAAUUGAUUUUAUGCCAAAUAUGAUGAACGGGUGGCGAAACUAUUUCGAUACCGACAAACAGUUUGAAAGCGACAAAAAGGAUUUAAUGGAAAUAGUGUUCGACUCGUCAACCAAUCCCGAAGCCGAGCGGCCCGACCCGAAGGCGUGGUCACACUUUCUGGCCAAUGAGAGCAUCACCGAAGUGGUCAAGACUGAACAAAUUGUUCAAAUUUGCCUGUUAAGUUGCCCGGGAGUCUCCCGGAAUCAGGGUCCGUCUCCCGUUUUGCGGUGUAGGUCUCAGCUUUAUGUGGACAACUGA